AUGAAUCUCCUGAUGCUGACCUUCAUGCUCUGUGGGUUACUAACCCUGGUGACCAAAGCUGGCUGGUUUGUUCAAAGAUGCUGGAAGAAUGAUAUAGGAUACUGCAGAAAACGAUGCUUCCUUAUCGAAAGGUACAAACUCCUUUGUAUGAACAAGCUAUCGUGCUGCAUUCCACUAAGCAGUGAUGAUCCAUACACUCAAUGGCCAAUCCAGCCCCCAUCACUGGAAGAUGUAACUGCUGAAUUUGUUACACAGGAUGAUAUUCCCUUUACCCCUGGAUCUGGGAUGGAUGAUUCAGUUACAAUUGAAAUGACUCAAGAAAGCACAGCAAUUAGGCCCAGAUCUUCCCAGAGACAUUCUUCUUAG